AUGAAUGAGUCAACAGAGGUUCGAACAGAUGGCAAUUCUCUGCUGAAGGCUGUCUAUUUGAGUCGUCUACGUCUGACUCGGCUGCUCCUGGAAGGAGGGGCCUACAUAAAUGAGAGUAAUGAACAAGGCGAGACACCACUUAUGGUGGCCUGCAAGACUCGGCAUACAGAUUCACAGAGUGUUCCCAAACAAAAGAUGGUUCGGUAUCUUCUGGAAAAUGGUGCUGAUCCAAACAUCCAAGACAAAACAGGAAAAACAGCUCUGAUGCAUGCAUGUCUUGAACAAGCUGGAGCUGAAAUUCUGUCACUCCUGUUGAGCAGUGGAGCUGAUCCAACUUUGGAAGAUCAUGCAGGCUUAUCAGCAUUAGUUUAUGCAGUCAAUUCAGGCAACAGGGGUGUCCUCAGGGUCCUACUGGAUGCCUGUAAAGCAAAGGGAAAGGAGGUUAUCAUCAUUACCACAAACAAACUGCCAUCAGGCCACCAAAUGACAAAGCAAUACCUCAAUGUCCCUCCACCUACGGACCUUGAGGAGCGGAUGCAUUACACCCCAGCAUCUUGUUGCUUGUCUCCAUAUGAGGUCCCACUGCGAUCUCCUUCACAGGGCUUCAUAGCAGGUGCUUCUUCCCAACCCAGUAGCCCCCUUCUUGGCCUCAGGGAUCCCCUGUGUUUAGGUUCAGGGCCUGGCCUGGUCACAUCUCGACCAGGUUCUCCAAUCCAACAUCCUAGUCCUUUACGUGUUCCUGGAGUGGAUAAGCGGCUUAGUCUCCAGAGGCUACACUCAGAGCAGUGGUCCAAAAGUCCUUCCCUGCUGCUCCAGCAGAGUCAGGCCUCCUCUCUGACAGAGGAGUCAGUGGAAAUUACACCUGAGGAGGAGUUGUCCUUCAGAGUCAAUGGCCUGGCCUUUCAUGGAAGACCUCCAGCUGUUUCAUGCUACAACAGCAUUGAUGUCAAAGAUGCAACAGGGCUUCUGAAAGCACUAGAGAACAUGUCAGGAAAUGAGAAAAGGGGAGGAGGUGGAAGAAAAAGCUUUCGAAAGAUGUCAUAUGACAGUGCUGCAAGUUCACCACAUUCUGCAUCACACCCAAACUUGCAUCAUGACAGUCUCCCCUUUCCCCAUGGAUCAAGCCCUGUGGAUGAAGAUUCCUCAGACUGUCUCAGACAACUGAACGUUUCCAGUCUGCAAAAUGUGGUCCGUCGGCGGAACAUUGGUAUUGACCACUACAGUUCUGACUCUCAGUUACCUCAGUUUGGCAGCCAAUACAAUAACUCCAAAAACAGUGGUGGAGCUGGAGUGGGAUCAGAAAAGCACAAGCUGGUCAACAGCAGAUCUUCCACUCUGUCAGGGUCCAGGGAGUCCUUGGAGAGCACUGUCCAGAAACGAGGUGCUGCUGGGCUGGAGCGAAGAGGCUCAGGGGCUCUCCUUCUGGAUCACAUCGCCCACACUCGCCCUGGAUAUCUUCCUCCUCUGAAUCCCCAUGCUCCUAUACCAGAUAUUGGGGUCAGCUCUAAUUCUUCCUACCCUUUGAGUGGAAGUAGCAAGACACUGAAUGGUGUUCUUACAGGGUCAAAGCCUAUUUUACCCUGUGCACCUGUUUUCCCGAAGGAUCUAAAGUCCAAGAAAAUGCUUUGGAGACGCCACUCAAUGCAGAGUGAGCAGAUAAAACAGCUGGCCAACUUCGAGGAAACUUUUGGUCAUUAG